AUGAAGUUCUCAAUUAUCCUUCAACCUCUGCUGCUCGCCGCCGUGGCCAACGCCCAGGGCUGGUGUGCUAUUGCUCUGAACCAAUGCAUCCAGGACAAUAACAACCUCACUCAGGCAGUUAACGACUUGCAGUCUGAGCUGGACAGCCAUCUCGCAUACAGGCCCAUUAAUUGCCCCGGGGACAACACCCAGCUUCGCGCCGGCGAAGACCAGAUCUGGCGCGUGCGCUGCGGAAGCACCAGCGGCCGCGCCCCCGACUACACCCGUACGACUAGUGACAUGUACGACUGCUUAGAGGCGUGUGAUGAGACUACUCAGUGCUCUAGCGGGGCGUACAAUCCGUCUACCCAGGAAUGCAGACUCUGGGAUACCACUGACCCCGGCUGGUCCAACAGUGCGGACUUUGAUGGGUUCUUCCAUAUUGGGCGUGUUAACUAG